UGCUACAUGAUUUGUUGAGCUGAAAGCACCUAAUUAAAAAUUUUAAAUUUAUUCUUCUAUUUGCAAAGUGGUUUAUAAAUUUCUGCUUGAUGAGUGUUUAACAUUUAUGCUAAUGUAAAAUAGCGACACAGAAUACGUACAAUCUCAAAAUCAUGCCCCAAGGAAGACGAAAAAUCCCAUUCAGUGGGAAGGCCAAGAAGAUGCAAAUACAGGCUAAAAAACAACGACAACGAACUUUGCUUGCAAAUCAGGAUGUCGACGACCAGGAUGACCCUUCCAUUAAUUCGAAUAAUGCAAAACAUAUAAGUCGUGAGAAACUGACGCAGAAGAUAAACGAACAACCAAGUAAUAGCAGAUCCUCGAGCAACAGAUUUGCACUGCAGUUCUUUCAAGAAUCUAAAGAGGAAUUGCAGAAGCGUAAGGAGCGAGCUUUUCAAAGUAUUGAAUUUAUCAGCCUGAAAGAUCAGGAGGUAUCCGACAAGUAUUAUCCAAGUGGAAUGGACAUGCCGAAACGACCUCCAUGGGACUUUGGUAUGACGAAACAGCAAUUAGAAAUGAAGGAACAGAGAUAUUUCACGGAAUACCUAGGAAAGAUGGAGGAGUUAGAUAGUCUAAGUUACUUCGAAUUGAAUCUGGAAACUUGGCGGCAGCUGUGGAGAGUGCUGGAGAUGUCGGAUAUCGUAUUGAUCAUUGUCGACAUUCGAUAUCCCGUUAUGACAUUUCCCCCGUACCUGUACAAUUACGUGACCACGGAAUUGCAGAAGGACAUGAUUCUAGUAUUAAACAAGAUCGACCUAGUGCCUCCAGCCUUGGUACUCGCUUGGAAGCAUUACUUCUGCAAACAGUAUCCAAAGUUGCGUGUCUUAAUGUUCACGUCGUACCCUACUUACAAUCUCCGUGGCAACACCAGUGAUGAGAAGCAGGGUCUGCAGCAGAGACGUCGAAGAGGAAAGGUGAAAAUGGCCGCGGAAGGAGCGCAGAAGCUGCUGGAGGUGUGCAAAGACAUUGUGAAGGACAAGGUCGACUUGAGCUCUUGGUGUAGCAAAAUUAUGGAAGAGAUGCACUCGGAGUGCGAUCUAGAGGACGUAGAUCACAAGGAUAACGUAACGAUAGAAAAGGAGGAUACUGCGUACGUCGAACAUGAGAAAUACAGGAACGGUGUUCUGACUAUCGGGUGUGUCGGAACCCCAAAUGUCGGAAAGUCAUCCUUGAUGAACGCGCUGAUGGGUAAGAAGGUCGUGAGCGUGUCUCGCACGCCUGGUCACACCAAGUACUUCCAGACAAUUUACCUCACGAGAACCGUGUGCCUGUGCGAUUGCCCGGGCUUGGUCUUUCCCUCAACCGUACCAAAGCAGCUGCAGACGUUGAUGGGUUCGUUUCCGAUCGCCCAAGUCAGAGAACCGUACACAACCAUAAGGUUCAUGGCCGAAAGAAUAAAUCUGCCGAAGUUGCUGAGGAUUCCACAUCCGGAGAAUGACGAUACAUGGAGCGCAAUGGACAUCUGCGAGGGUUGGGCUAUUAAAAAGGAUUUCAAGACGGCUCGAGCAGCAAGAUUGGACACGUACAGAGCGGCAAAUUCGUUACUACGAAUGACUCUCGAAGGAAAACUUCCCCUGUACACGUAUCCACCAAAGUGGACCGUUGACAAAACAAAAUGGGAGGAGCAUGCAGAUAUUGAUACAGUAAGAUGGAUUCAAGCUAAGGACCGGCAAGAGAACGAUUCCGAUACGUCAGUUAAAUAUACGUCCUCGGAUGGUGAAGAAACUGAAGGUCAAAAACAAAAGAGACUCUCAGAUGAUACAGCUAGCAGUAAUUCGAUAGAAUCGUUAAGCGAAGAAAGUGAUAUACCACUCGCAAACAAUAAAUUUGCGGCGUUGUCCAAAGAGAAGUAAAACUUGUUAUUUAUAUUUAUAAAAUUAUUAUAAAUAUAAAGUAUCUGUACUAUAUAUUUUACAAAAUAAAAUUUAAUGUG